AAAUAGAUAUUGCAUUCUCAAUAAGGCACUUGAUUCGAAGUUAGCUUUGAGCACCUGCAGGCACACCAACACAACACCGGAACCUGACACAGCUGCCUGAGUGCAGCACCGCGCUGCUGCUUGAACUACCAUAUAAUGCACAUCAUGCUACGCACGCAUUAACGCCUUUUACUGGACCGCGGGGCCGAAGCCGCAGCACACAGCGACUCGCCCUGCUGUGUGCGCUCCGCACACCGCCUUGAGCCUGCCUUACCUCGCCCACUACCAGAAAUGACGGUGUCCGCGCCCCCCUACUACCCGGAGACGGUAGUCUUCGUGUUGGACUGUGCAGUGGAUGUUGGCAUUGAAUACUCCAAGAGCGUACAACGCCUGGAGCUCAUAAAGGGCUGUAUCGCCAUGUUUGCGCAGGCCAAGAGCCGUGUCAACCCACACCACAAGUACGGCCUCGCAGUCAUCCGGGACUGUGUGCAGUGGGAGGGCCCGGGUCUGAGCAGCAGUCCGGAGGGGCUGGCGGCGGCGCUGCGGCCCGUCAUGCCCUCGGCGGCGCCCGCCACGGCGGCGGCGGCGGCGGCGGCGGCUGGCGCACACCGCCCGCUGGACCUGGGGUCGCUGGUGAGCCUUGUGACGCCGCUGGCGGUGGCGGAGGAGGCGGACGGAGCCAAGGUCCGCGUCAUCCUGGUCUACUGCCGCUCCUCCUGCCUGCCGGUGUGGACCAGCUGCCGCGGCCCGGCGGACCCGGGACUGGCGCUGGACGUGCUGUUUGUGCACGACAAGGCGGCUGCGGCGGCGGCGGCGGCGGCGGCGGGCCCCGGCGGCUGCCCCUCGCCGCAGGACGUGUACACGUGGCUCGAGGACGCCGCUGACGAGCUGUCGGGGCGGUGCGGCCACGCCGCGUAUAUAUUCGAGGCGGGCGGGCACCUGGUCAAGAAGGUGGCCAACCUCAUGGUGAACCUGGUCGCGCACCCGGCACAGCGCCCGCCGCAGCGCGAGCUCCGCCCCGGCCCCCUGGACUUAGCGGCCUUUCCCCCGCAGCCCACAGCCGCCACCGACACAGCAGCAGCAGCGGCAGCAGCAGCAGCACAGCCGCCGCAGCCGACAGCAGCAGCGGCAGUAGCACUACAGCCGCCGGUGCCGGGUGGGGCGGCGGGGGCGGGGGCGGCGCCGGGAGCGUUAUCAGUGCGGGGGCCGUCGCCCGCCCGCGUGCCGCCACCGCCGUACCAACCGCCGCCGCUGUACGGCGGCUCCUCGGCGGACGCCGGUGGCGGCGGUUUCACCGUGAAUCCGUUGGCGGCAAUGGCGGCAGCGGCACCUGUGCCGCCGCCGCCAUUACAUCAAGCGCCGCAGUCGUACCAACCGCCGCCGUACCAGCCGCCAAACCUCAUGGACUUUACGCUGCCAAUACCGCCGCCAGCCGCGGAAGGUACGGCAUAUGCGUACGAGCCGCCGACGCCGUCGCUCAUACCGCACGUGCCCGCGGUGCCGCCGCCGCCGCAUGCCGCUGCUGGGGUGGCGGGUACGGCAAGUGCGCUGGCAGGGCUGAACCUGGCAGGGUCGUACCACCAGCAGCAGCAGCAGCAGCAGCAGCAGGCAGCGUCGUGGGGGCAGCUGCCUCCGCCGCCGCCGGCCGCACCAGACCUGAUAUAAGAGCGACGGCGCGGUGCGGGCGCGGCGUCCGCGGUGGUGUGACAUGGGCAGGCAGUCGUACAAUGGGCGUGUGUGUGUGUGUGUGUGUGUGUGUGUGUGUGUGUGUGUGUGUGUGUGUGUGUGUGUGUGUGUGUGUGUGUGUGUGUUUUCUGACUGUGCAGGCACCUAGCCUUUUGGUGUACGUGUAUGAGUUAUUGCGACAAUGGCUUGGUUCAUUCGUGUGGGUGCGGCUGCACCCUGGCAGCUGCAUCCAGUGCAGUUCCAUCUGAUGCGUCGCGACGCCCCACGCCGCCACCUCGUGUGGCCGCUGCGGCGACCCGCGGGCGCCCUGGCAGCAGGGAUUGGGCACCGCCACACACUUGGGCGCCCAGCCACACGCAUGCGCGUGUGCGCAUGCGGAUUCUCAUGUGUUUGUGGGGCCGUGCAGUCGCCGCCUGUCCGUGUAAAGUUGUGUAAUUGUACUUGAUGAGUUAUAGUGCCAAGCAAGUUGGCUGUUUGCUCAGGGUUUGCUGUUGGCAUGCCUCCAGCGUGUAUGCGUUGUUGCGCAACCGGUUGCAUUGGCGGGUUUGGCGGCGGCAGCAGCGCCGCUGGUGAGCGAUAUUCGUUAGAUCCUGACUAGACACAGCACGCUUGAAUUUUGAAAGGCUGCUGUCACUGCUACACAGCGAGUGCGCGAUGCGAACGUUAGUUCAAACGAGGAGCCCGCGCUGCUUGGUCGGCCUCUCGGGGUGUGAGCGCGCGCUUCCAAUCCUGUAACCCAUCGUCCCG